CACCCCCACACCCACACCCACACCCACACCCCCCCCCACACACCCACCCACACCCACAUCCACACCCUCUUUCGCACCAUUAUUUUCAAUCAACAACAUUAAUUGGAAGUACACAUCAAUUACUAUUAUAAUCAUCAAAACGAAUUUUAUCUGAAGAAACAGUUGGUGAUGCUGAUGAUAAAAAAAAGAUAUUCGAGAUAAAUCAAUUCAUACUAAUCGACAUCAUGGAUAUCAUCAUUAAUUAUCAACAACAUUACAUUAUCGUUUUAAACAACAAAAUUUAACAUCAGAAGAUGAUGAUGAAGAACUUCUAUUGAGAAAUCAUCGUGGAAUGAUGAAUUUUAUGAAUCAAAUAAGUUUCAAUGAAAUUAAGUAUUCAAAAUAAUUUUCUUAAAUAUGGAUCUGAUCAUUAGUUAGUAUUUGUUUUUUUUUUGUUCUAGCAAAUAUUUGACGCAUUUUAUUAAGAAGAAUCAUUAGCUGAAGCAUUACCAGCUGAACAAUAACGAACAAUUGCUUCAUCAAUUGCUGAACAGGAAUAUCUCGAACAUCAAUUAAAUAAUGUUAGUGAUGAUGGAUCAGAAUUAGAAGAAAGUGAAUUAUCAAGAACCAAAACUUCAAGUUAUUUUAUGUCAUUACAAGAUGAUGGUGAUGAAAAAGAUAUAAGACCCAAUGAUUUAUCACGUGGUGAUAAUGAUUCAGAAUCGGAUGAAAAAUCUCGAACAAAACAUCUUCGUAUACAUGAAAAACUGUUAUCACCUUCACGUAUUCGGUAUUGA